UCUUUGUUUUUGGUUUACAAAUAAUUUAAUAAUUUAAAUAUGAAAUGCUAAAAUAUUGUCUUUCAGAACCAUCUAAUGCUUAAAUUGUGGCAGAGUGCAAAUAUGGUCCUAGUAUUGAUAAAAGCUGGAAAUGAUCAGAAAAUUCUUGAAAGAUACAGUUUAGCGAAUUGGCUCAAAAACUAACUAAAUGGCUCUUGGAUUAGAUCUGAGGUAGCUAGUAUCAAUCUUAAUUAGUUUCUUCUCAUUUGAAUAAACUUAUGAAUGAUGUCAUUCUGCAGGCUAAUCCUUUUAAAUGUCCUCAAGUUAAUUAUCAUUGUAAUUAUUAUAUAUGAUUGUUAUUGUCCAAAGAGCAUAAUUAGCCAUUAAGAAAAGCUUAUGCUAACCACCAAGUCACCAACCAGGGUUUGAGUGUGACAUUGGAAGAUUUUUUAAAUUCUUGUUGAGAAGAUGAUGCUUGUAUACUUUAAAGGAAGUGGAUCUAGCUUAUUACCAUUAAUUCCAAUCUCCAUUUCUAAAUUAUUACGUAAGCUUUUUUUUUUUUUUUAUUAAUCUUACUCCACCUAAACUUUCCACUCGAUACCUUAUUAAUAGUUGAUGUAAUUUCUUUUUUUGGUAAAAGAAUGAUACUAUAUCAUUAAUAAUUAUCUAGGAAGUAGUUUCGAGUUCGAGUCAUGUAUAUGAGUACUUAAAAUAUACAUUUAGAUUUAAUUGAAUUUAUUGAAUUUUAAAUAUUAUAUGAUUUAUACUUAAAAAAAAUCAACAUGGACGAAUAUUAUUUAUCUGACAAAAACAGGAAUAUGUUCUGUUAGUUUUGGUUUGAGGUAAGUAGCUAUGUACAAGUGUAGACCAUUUACUAGUACAACAAAUAUAGGGCAAAUCCCUUCUAAUCUCGUACUAACAAAUCAGAUGGUAGAAAAAUCCUGCAAAUCCUGCGUGCAUAAGCCUACACAGCUUACACCUUUUCCUCCACAAAAUCUCUUUUUUUCCGAGUCAGAGAAUUCACAUGUUCGCGGUGUAUUUACCCAUCUAACCAAUUAAUAAUAAAUUUUAAAAUACUAAUGUAUCUCACUACGAAAAGUUCUGAAUUUCAAUAUAAAAUAUAAUUUCAUUUCCAAUUUAUUGCAGCUAAGAAUUUUCAGCUUCCACCCGAGAACGCUCCCUCGAGCAACACUCUCGCAUACCCUCAUGUUAUGCGGCAAGAUCCCAUUGGUUGAUUAGCUUAAGGUGCGGUGCCUUCCACAGAAAUACAAAGAAGCCACUCACCUACACUUUACCAACCAAUUAAGCUUGGACGGUACUUCUCCCCUUGAAAUUCACAAGUAACUUUGAUGCUAAAAAAAUCCACAACCCAUUAAGGUCAACAAAUCAUCCUCUCCAUUUUCCAAUGUACCAAAGCCAAACCAAGAGUUCCCAAAUGCCCAUAAAAGAAUAAAGCAAUAUAAGCCAACCAGAGAGAGAGAGAGAGAGAGAUCGACUUCCAAUUUCCAAGUGAACUACUCCAAUUCAACAACAUGGGUUCUGUUGGGAACCAGAAUCCUUGGGUAACCUAUGAUACUUAUAAAGAUUGUUCCCAGCAAAUUUGCAGCAUUUAUUGUCCCCAGUGGUGCUACUUAAUUUUCCCUCCUCCUCCUCCUUUUGCCCUUGCUGAAGAUGAUUCUGGAACUGAUUUCUCCCCUCUCAUUAUAGCAGUCAUUGGUAUCUUGGCAAGUGCUUUCAUCCUGGUGAGCUACUAUACUCUCAUUUCCAAGUACUGCAGGCGAGGAGCCCACGCUGAUAAUAGCUUGGAAUUGGGGGAAGAUCAUGCGCAGAUCUCUAAUGAAGCCUGCCAAGGCCCUGCUGGUGGAUUGGAUGAGUCUGUUAUCAAGAAUAUUACUGUUUGUAAAUUCAAGAAAGGUGAUGGGUUCGUUGAAGGCUCUGAUUGCUCUGUUUGUUUAAGUGAAUUUCAAGAAAAUGAGAACUUGAGAUUAUUGCCCAAGUGUAACCACGCUUUUCAUCUCCCUUGUAUUGAUACUUGGCUGAAAUCUCAUGCUAGUUGUCCUCUCUGCCGUGCCAAUAUCCUACCUUGCCAACCACCACCACCGCCAUCACCACCGCCGCAAACUCAGGAAACUCCGGUGAACACUGUCGUGUCUACCCUUGAGAACCACUAUAGGAAUAAUGAUGCUGUUAUUGUGAUUCAAGAUUUACAGGUGGGUGGAGAUGAAGAGACUGUGAUUAGUUCUGUUAUCAGUGGUGAUAAUAUCUUACCAAAGCCCGAGAUUCAGGAUCUUGGAUUGAGCGCUCAGAACAUGGAACGAGAAAGUGAAAAUAAUAUUGAAAUUAGAGAGGAAGCCAUGGAAGUUAUCCAACAAAUUAGAAGGUCGGUUUCUUUGAAUUCUUCUCUCUGCCAUACUCAUGUUUCGAUUGCUGACAUACUUCAAUUGAGCGAAGAUGAAGAUGGUGAUCACAGAAUGAGAGAUUUAGAGAAGAAUAGAAUUGGGAUUUUGAAUUUGGUUAGAAGUCCUCUUGCACUUAGAAGAUCAACUUCAACAGGAAGAUUCAUGUUCACAAGGUAUGAGAAAGGCAGGAGUUCUAUGAUUCCUAAUUGAUCAGAGUAGUUUUCUUUUUUUUUUUUUUUGAAAAUUUUUAUUUUUCUGAUCUAAUGUAUAAACCCAUUAUUUCCUUUUUAAUGUGUAGCAUAAAAAACACACCAUUAUAGAGAAUUAGAGAUCCUGAAUAUAAAAUCUGACAGUGGAGAUGAAGUAUUUGAUCAAUGUGUUACA